GUUUAACAUCGCGCGUGUUCCGGUUUCAUCUUAUUUCGUUGCGUGCUACCACUCGCCAAAGAAAACCUACACAAAUGUACGGCACCAGCAGUAAACGGGAAAACUUCCUUCCGGCAUGCUUGGCCACCGGCUUCCUGGUGUUGCUUCUCGUCCAGCGUAGCGCACAGCAGAACGAUUUCAACGAUUACCUAAAACGAGAGCAUUCCCUAUUCAAACCAUAUCAAGGAUCGGGCAUGACAAUACCCUACUGGGACUUCAUCGGGACCACGUUCGUAACGAACUCGUACGUGCGCCUUACCCCAGAUCAGCAGUCGAAAAAUGGUGCCAUUUGGAAUCAUGUGCCCUGCACGUCGAUCAACUGGGAGCUGCAGGUCAACUUUAAGGUGCACGGCACGGGCAAGGACCUGUACGGGGAUGGGUUCGCGAUUUGGUACGCACGCGAUCGGCUUCAGACGGGGCCGGUGUUUGGCAGCAAGGACAACUUCCUCGGCCUAGCCAUCAUCCUCGAUACAUACAGCAACCACAAUGGCCCUCACAACCAUCAGCACCCGUACAUUAGUGCGAUGGUGAACAAUGGCAGCCUGACUUACGAUCACGAUCGUGACGGCACUCACACGCAGCUGGCAGGGUGCGAGGCAAAGUUCCGCAAUGUGGAGUACGACACGCAAGUCAGCAUUCGGUACGAGAACGACGUGUUGACCGUGUCGUCCGACCUCGAGAAGAAAGGCACCUGGAAGGAGUGCCUCCGGGUGGAGGGUGUCAAACUGCCGACCGGUUACUACUUUGGGGCUUCCGCGACGACGGGCGAUCUGUCCGACAAUCAUGACAUCAUUUCGAUCAAGUUCUACGAGCUCGAGGCGCCCUCGCUGCUGGCGGAAGAUCGGCGCCAGAUUGUUCCGUCGGCGGCCACGUUCGAGGCGCCGCGCGAACACAAGGACGACCCGAAGCAGGCCAUGUCGAACGUGAAAAUCUUCUUCCUCAUCCUCCUGACGAUGCUGAUCGUCGUGGUGCUGGUCGUGAUCGGUAUCAUGUUCUACCAGAAGCACCAGGAGAACGCUCGGAAGCGGUUCUACUAAGGGCCAGCGGUCUUGACGAACUCGUCUGAAUUCUCAGCGACACGGCGCAACGACGUAAAGUGUGAUGAUAAACCAAUACUGUGGGGCGGGUGUAACAAAUGAUUAGUAAUUUCGAAUGGAGCAAGUGAGUUCCGGUCGAUGGAUGUUUCGACCAAAUUGCGCGCGCUCCAUCUGCAUCACGAUGACACGGUACACGGGACCGUGGACCGGGGUUGAAGAAAGGUUUUCUUUUGUACAAAUCCUCUUUUCCUUUAUUUUUUUUUUCGGUUCCACUUACUAAUAUGGCCAGUGAAAUUUUUUCCUACACUAGAUCUCUUCGGACGACCAGGGACAAUGGGGUUCGCUGCAAACCAUGAUUUCACGACCGGCAAACACAUGCCUGUUAUUUUCGUUCUGUUAUUGUGUGCGAUUAAAACAAGGGGGGGUUCAUGCAACGGCAGCAUUUGGGUAGAUAAAUUCGGGUUAUCUGAACAGCGUGCUUAUUUUUUGGGUCUGCGAUCACUGCGGGAACACACUUCGGGAAGUGUUGAACAUAUGUGACCGCAAUGAGAUGAUGAGU